GUGAAAGAAUGAUAAAAUGGUGCAUUCGUCGAUCAAACCGGGCCAUACAUCCGAAGUCAGAAAUUAAAUUAACAUCCACCAUUUUGUUUAUUUUCGCGUUUAUACGACUGUACCCGGCUAAAUUAUAAUAUAUUCGCCUGCCACCAUCCUUCGUAGUGACAAAGCGAUUCUGGCAAUGAUUGUAGGAUUAGGAAUGUGCUAUUAGCGUACUCAUUCGUUGUCGGCCCUUGUAUUGAAAUUUGCAGACAUCGGCCGCGCCGCUAGUAAACAUUCUUUGAAAAUUAAUUCCCAACCUUCGAAGAAAAACAAAAUCCCUAACGCCCAGGGUAAUCGCGUCGAUGAGAAAGGUUCGUUGAAAUUCGUUCAACGAAUUUUCGGCAAGUGUAAAGGGAGUAAUCCCUUGGCUUUAAAGGAAAUAUCGAAGAGCUUUGGGCGAAAGUCCCCCGUGGCGCGCCCGGCUAACAUGAAUCACACGCCUGCACCUGACAGGCAGCAGCACGACUCCAAUGUUAACCAGGUCGUGGAGAUGGAGACUCAGGACGUUGAAACAAUUACCACUGAAAAAACCUGGAAUGAAGAAAUGAUGAAGGGUCCCAAUGGUGAGGUUGUCAUGGCUGAUGUUAUGAAGACACAGGAGACUGCUUCAGCUGAGAUGCCUCUCGCUUGCCUCGACGCUGAAAUGGAAGAUGACGAAGCGCGUUCAGAGGCAACGUUCCGAUUCACGGUCCACAACUUUAAGAAUUUGAAAGACUCGAUGCUGUCGCCGCCGUGCUACGUGCGCAAUUUGCCGUGGAAGAUAAUGGUUAUGCCGCGGCAAGCACCCUCGCCUGAUCGGCAACAGCAAAAGUCUCUGGGCUUCUUCCUACAGUGCAAUGGGGAAAGUGAAUCAUCCAGCUGGUCUUGUUAUGCGAUGGCGGAACUGAGACUCAUAUCCCACAAGCCGGACACCGAACCUUUCCUAAGGAAAAUUCAACAUUUGUUUUAUAGCAAAGAAAACGACUGGGGCUUUUCUCACUUCAUGACGUGGAACGACGUGUUAGACCCCGAGAAGGGCUACAUUAAAGACGACGCGAUCACUCUGGAAGUUCACGUCACCGCCGAAGCACCCCACGGCGUAUCUUGGGAUUCUAAGAAGCAUACAGGAUAUGUUGGUUUGAAGAAUCAAGGUGCAACUUGUUAUAUGAACUCGUUACUUCAAACACUUUAUUUCACGAAUCAACUCCGCAAAGCUGUAUACAAGAUGCCUACAGAAUCGGACGAUAGUACUAGAUCGGUGGCUUUGGCUUUGCAAAGAGUAUUCUAUGAGUUACAGUUCUGUGAUAAACCAGUUGGUACAAAGAAGUUGACCAAGAGCUUUGGUUGGGAAACCCUUGAUUCUUUCAUGCAACACGAUGUACAAGAGUUCCUUAGGGUUUUAUUGGAUAAAUUAGAAAGUAAAAUGAAGGGCACAUGCGUGGAGGGCACGGUGCCUCGACUGUUCGAGGGCAAGAUGACGUCAUACAUUAAGUGUAAGAACGUUAACGUUUCAAGUACCCGAGUGGAAACAUUCUACGAUAUCCAACUCAAUAUCAAAGGGAAGAAAAAUAUCUACGAAUCGUUCAAAGAUUACAUAAGCACAGAAACGCUAGACGGCGAGAAUAAGUACGACGCUGGCGAGCACGGUCUCCAGGAAGCCGAGAAAGGCGUCAUAUUUGCCACGUUCCCGCCCGUGUUACAUUUACACUUGAUGAGAUUCCAAUACGAUCCCAUUACCGACAGUUCGGUCAAGUUUAAUGACAGAUUUGAAUUCUACGAACGUAUCAAUUUAGAUGCAUAUCUACAGGAGAAACCAGAAACACCGGCUGACUACACCCUCCAUGCGGUAUUAGUUCACUCGGGAGACAACCACGGGGGGCAUUAUGUGGUCUUUAUCAAUCCGAAAGGUGACGGAAAGUGGUGUAAGUUCGACGACGACGUGGUGUCCCGGUGCACGAAACAGGAGGCCAUCGAAUACAACUACGGCGGUCACGACGAGGACAUGACGUUGACCGUUCGCCACUGCACUAACGCCUAUAUGUUGGUUUAUAUCAGGGAUUCACAGUUGAAGACUGUUCUACAAGAAGUAACACAAGCAGACAUACCUACUGAGUUGAGUGAGAGAUUAGCUGAAGAGAAGAGAAUCGAAACCAUUCGUCGCAAAGAGCGGAACGAAGCCCACCUGUAUAUGAACGUGAAUGUAGUAUUGGAGGAAGCUUUCGACGGUCAUCAAGGGAACGAUCUGUACGACCCGGAGCGCGCGCACUACCGCGUGUUCCGCGUCAGGAAGCAGGCCACCGUCUCUGAACUCAUGGAGAUAUUGUCAGAGAACUUUAAGUAUCCACUGCAGCAGCUCCGACCCUGGCCAUUUAGCGCACGCUCUAAUCAGACAUGCAGACCGACCUGCCUAGACAUUUUUAACGAUCAACUCAAGACUGUAGCUGACGUUUCUGAGAACAUGAACCCAUGGAACAUAUUCCUCGAGAUGCUGCCUCCAGAUUCUGGUCUCACAUCAUUGCCUUGGUUCGAUAAGAAGAACGACGUGGUCCUGUUUUUUAAGUAUUAUGAUCCUAAACAGAAGCGCAUACACUACUGCGGACACCAUUAUUUGCCCAUCGCAAGCAAACCUGCCGAUCUUCUACCUAUACUCAAUCAACGUGCAGGAUUCCCACCAGACACUCCACUAGUUCUGUAUGAAGAAAUCAAACCAGACUUUGUUGAAAAAAUCAGUAAUUACAACGAACCUCUAGAAAAGGUAUUGGACGAGCUGAUGGACGGCGACAUCAUUGUGUUCGAACGCGCCGACAACCGACACGACGAGCUGGAGCUGCCCACCUGCCAGGACUACUUCAAGUACAUCUUCUACAAGGUCGAGGUGCAGUUCGUCGAUAAAACGGUGCCCAAUGAUCCGGGAUUCACAAUGGAGCUAUCGAUGCAAAUGCGCUACGAUCAAAUGGCGCGGGCGGUCGGCCAGAGGCUCAACGUGGACCCAUACUUAAUACAGUUCUUUAAGUGUCAAAAUAGCUACAAGGACACCCCAGGACUACCUUUGAGAUACUCAUACGACGGAAUACUUAAGGACUUAUUAGUGUACUGCAAACCAAAAUGCCCUAAGAAAUUGUUCUAUCAGAUAUUAUCUAUUAAAGUAAACGAAUUGGACAACAAGAAGCAAUUCAAAUGUCUAUGGGUUGGUCCAAAUUACAAAGAGGAUAAAGAAUUAAUUUUGUAUCCAAAUAAAGGUGGUAAAGUGUCGGACAUUUUAGAAGAGGCAGCUAAAGUAGUCGAGAUGUCAACCGAGGGCUCAGGCAGGUUAAGGAUCGUGGAGGUGUCGUGUCACAAAGUGCUACCGGGUCCGGACCCCGAGCUCACACUCGACCAGGUCACCAUAUCGCCGCCCAGACUCUACAGAAUAGAGGAGAUACCUAGAGACGAACUGAAUUUACAAGAGGAUGAGAUGCUGGUUCCGUGUGCGCAUUUCUACAAGCAAGUAUACGCGACGUUCGGAAUUCCGUUUUACGCGCGUUUCAAACACAACGAACCGUUCGAAGCUGUCAAAGAUCGCCUACAGAAGAAACUCGACAUACCCGACAAAGAAUGGGAAAAGUACAACUUUGCUGUAGUGACAAACGGCAGACCUAAUUACAUAAGCGAAGGAGCGACAGUGAAUAUCAACGAUUUCAGACUAAGUAGUAAUACGAAUCUGUCGCACCCAGACGCAACGGCGCGGCCCUGGUUCGGGCUCGAGCACAUCAACAAGACGCCGAAGCGAUCCCGCGUCAACUACUUGGAGAAGGCCAUCAAGAUAUACAACUGAGCCGGUCGCUGCGCGCCGCGUCUCCCCGCCGUAACGCCGCACCUACUCCGCUCACAGCCCGGGACACGGCACCGCCCAUAUUCACUUGUAAAGCGACCAGGAUCAUUAUGAAGGCGGCGGAAAAGAGUACGCGUUGUAAUUUUGUGAAACACUUUUUAUUUUUGAUUGCAUAGACGGGUGGACGAGCUCACAGCCCACCUGGCGUUAAAUGGUUACCGGAGCCCAUAGACAUUUACAACG